UUUCGCUAUUUUGUGUUUGUCUCUGGAGGUCUCUCGUCCAGAGCAGCAGAUUAAAUUAUUAUGGUCGUUUUUAUCUGGUUUGUUCUCAGUGUUGAAUUGCAGCGAGGUGAAACCGUUGGCAAUACCAGUCUUUAAGCUAGGCUCGCUUAGUGUAAACUUGUUAACAGACAGGCAAUGAAGUUUCUCUGAGCGAGAAUUCUUCACAUUCGGGACAGAGUAACUUGUCAUGCAAUGGCGAAAUGUCGCACAUUGCACAAGGACGUCUUCAAAUUUUGCAAGUUUACAAACUCAUCCAGUUUGUCAGGCAGCGGGAGAAAGCCGAGAUAGAAAAGUUGAUCGCUUUGGGAGUCCCUCACCUGGUGAAUUUGAGCGAGCCGAGCCAGGGGGAGUUCGCUUUGCAUGUGGCUGCUCUCGCUAACGAUGUUGAAAUAUGCAAACUGCUGCUGUCGCUUGGGGCUGAACCAGACCUGCUGGAUCUUAAUGGCAAGACGCCGGCGAUGGUUGCUGCCCAGGCGGGGCAUGAACUUACCUUGGAGGUACUGGCCGAGGCAAACGCGGACAUGACAAUUGUAGACAAGGACGGGAAAGGUAUUCUGUACUACUGCAUCUCUUCCACUCUCCGUCAUCUUCGUUGUUUGGAGAUUGCCCUCGCACAUGGAGCCGAUGUUAACAACUGUUCAAAGGAGGGAAAGCCAGUCUUCUUGCUCGCAUGCGAACAGGCUGCAGCGUGCUCCGAAAUGUGUCUACAGAUACUAGAGAGAGGCGCUGAUCCAAAUUCUAAAUAUGAGGCAACGGGCCAUACAGCGCUAAUGGAAGCAUCCAGAGAAGGUGCCAUUGACGUUGUGCGCGCUAUCCUGGAGAAAGGCUGCGAGGUUAAUCUUCUACAAAAGGAUCGGUACAAUGCUGCACAUUUUGCUGCCCAGGGGGGUUUCUUUGAGAUCCUUCGAGCUUUAGUGGCUUAUGACUGCGAUAUCAAUGUUAUCAACAUAGAUGGAAACUCUCCAUUACACCUUGCAGCAAUGGGAGGAUUUGCUGACUGUGCCAAGUUUCUGGCACAACGAGGGAGCAAUCCCAAAGUAAAAAAUUUACAGUUAAAAACUCCUAGGGCUGCAGGUAAAGCAUUUGGCUUUAAAGCUGUGUCGAAAGAACUGCGUAAGGCAGAACGACUCUACAAUAAGUAUUCCAAACCUGGUGUGAAAAAUCCAAGUCCACCCUGGGCCAUCCAUUUCUAUGACUGGUCUCUAUGCCAAGAAAAUACUCUCCGGAAUGCUUUUGCAACGAUGGACAGAGGGGAUGGCACGCUUACCCGAGAGGAUUUUGCUGCAAUUUUGCUGGAAAGGGGUGCACCAAUAAUGGAAGAGGAUGUCAGUACGUUAAUAGCAGCACUUGACAAAUCUCGUACUGGAAUUAUUGACAUCAAUGAAUUCUUCCAAGGUUCUAAAUACCUUGAAAAGAUUUACCUUAUGUCCUCAUAUGAACCAAAGAAGAAAAAGGGAAAGAAAGGCAGAAAAGGCAAGAAAGGCAAGCUGAAUAUACCAAUACCAAUCUGCACAGUUCCAGAAGAAUAUAUAAUUCGACGUGAAGAUGGAGGUCCACCAGACUUUAUGAUAGAACUAUUUAAGAAUUUCACUGACACAAAUCGAUUUAGCCGUGAUAAGCCACCAGAACAUCCACUGCAGGACGAUUCUUCAUGGUACUUAGAAAAACCAGAGAAAGUGUUUACCAGCAUUAACUAUGCAGCGAAAGCUGAUGAUAUGCAAUCUUUAAUGAAAGCAUUUUAUCAGGGAAUACCAGUCAAUGUGCGGGACAAAUAUUUUACAACACCGCUUAUGGCAGCGUGUGCAGAUGGCAAUUUUACACUUGCCAAGUACCUUGUGGAAGCAAAGGCUAAUGUAAAUGCAUAUGACAAUUUAAUGUGGACACCCCUGCACCAUGCAUGCCAUGCAGGACAGUUGGACAUCGUGGAAUUGCUAGUGAAGGCUGGUGCAUCAGUAAAUGCAAUUUCCAUCAAUGGAGCCACACCUUUAACGAGGGCAAUAGAAAGCUGCAGACUGGAUUGUGUGAAAUAUUUGAUUAGCCAAGGUGCUAAUGUUGAACUGGAGAACUCUAAAGGACAAAAUGCUUUGGAUAUUGCAAAUGCCUAUGCUGACUUAAGGAUAAUUGAAGUGGUCAAAGCCAAGGUGGACAGUCUUCCAAAGAAAGAGAAGCCGAAAGGCAAAGGAGGAAAAGGAGCAAAAGGGGAAAAUGCCCUUUCUUCAAGGAUCCAGACCAUUGCAGCUUUGGGUGGGGAAACGGUUUCAAUACAGCGUCCCACAGCAAGAACCCCAAAGAGUGUAGUCCACAGGGAGAGCAUAGCAAAUAAAAGUGAAAAGUUAAAUAGUGGAGUGGCCAAGAAAGUGGACAUAACCUUUGUACCAAAAAGUACAUGGUCUAACCCACCAACAACUGAAGAACUAAUUCAGAGGAGAGUUGAAAACCGGGAGAGGUUCACCUAUGAAGUUGAUUUUAGUGACUUCCUAAUGCCUUUCAAGAAAAAUAUCAGAACCAGACUGGGAGAAUUGUAAAAUACAGGUGGCAGGUACUGAGAAUAAUGUACAAAUCAGCUGUAGAAUUUAGGAUCUCACAGAAAAUCGUGAAUUAAAGGCAGAUGCAACAGAAAUAUUUUGAUUGCAAGGAUUAUCAAAUACACAUAAAAAUGUAUGUGAAUAUGUAUUUUGAGAAAAGACAAAGGUGUUUAAAAAUAUAAAAAAUAUGAUCUAUUUCAUUUUGUAAAACAGUCAAUUUCUACAACAUUUUGAAUUAUUGAAUAUAUUGAAUAUCUGUUCUAAGUAUGUAAUGUCUGCAUUGUUGAACUUUGUCAGUUUGUAUGUUAAAGUAAUAAAAUGGUGAAAUAUGGCAUGGAUGUGUCCGGUUAGAUGGACUCUGAGCUGCACUUGCAUAAGCUGCAGAAAAGAAGGUCCACAUUUCUUGGGUGAUAUGCCAAACCACGAAAGCCCCAAGUUCAAAGGCUUUUAACUUUCCAUAUCUUGAGGCUUCAGACAUACAGUAAUUGAAGCAUGUCGAACCAUCAUUUCCUUCCUGAGAACAUUUCUGAGAACAAUACGAUUAUCAGCAAUUUUAGAUGAGGAAUCUUUAGAUGUGUUCUAUCCUUCCGAGGUUGGCAUUCCCUCAUAAGAUCAGAUUGUCAAAACUGGAGCGGGUGCAAGAGGUGUAUGCAUUGUCAGCCAACUGGUGGUUUAAUGGUUAACCCUUUCACUUUGCCAACCCAUUUACACCUUGACAUCAGCUGUCAUAUGUACGAAUUUUACAUAUUUUCCCCUUAACUGCAGUUUUCAAAAAAUUGCUGGGAGCUUAAUCCACUGCGGCUCAGUAAAUUUGUGUAGUUAAGAGACAGAGCAUCAAAGGGGAGAUGAUAUGCAUCUCAGAGGGGUACCAGGAAAAUAAGGAACAGGGGGUGGGACUAUUGGAUGUUCUGUUGGAAUCUAAUAGGCUGAAUGGCUUAAAAACAUUGGUACUUAGUACACAGUGAAGUACAUUGGCUGACCAAAAUGCUAGGUGAACUGUUUGAUUCUGGACUUCGUGAGGUGAAUUUUCUCUGCAUCCACUCUGAAACAGGGAUGAUGGUGAAUUGGGAAAUGAGAUUCCUCCCCACAACAUUCCCAUUCCCCCUCAAAUAGGAUAAUCACUGUCAGGAGUAAGCGACGGCGUCUGAGUGAGAUUAAAGGAGGAAGCAUAAGCAAGGGAAAAUGAGGAAAGCAAAGAAAGGAAGGAGGGACUGAACAGAAGAGAAGGGAGUGAGUGAAAGUGGAACAGAAAUUGACAAAGAGUGAGUCCCAAAUAAACAUAGUUUUACAAAAUAAACAAAAUUGAGAAAUUUUGACUCAGGAUUUCGUAGCAAGUGUGAGUUUUGUUGACUCACAGCUGACCUCCAAAAUACUGUAAGUUGAAACUUCCCGAAGGUCCCUUCCAACAGGAACAGCUGGUAACUCCUGAUAUUCUUCCCGACCAGCCCAAUGUACAACAUUUUGGAGUUAAUCAGGCCCUGAUUACUCCUCUCACUUCAAUAGGCUUGUUAAACUAGGAGUUACCCUUUAUGGCAUCUUUAGACACUGGUUUACUUGUUUAAAAAAGUUCCAAUAUAUGGCUCUUGCAUCAGCUUAGAAAAGGUGGGUUAAGUUAGAUAAGAACCUAUGAAUUUUAAUGGGAUCUAACAGACAAGGACGAGCGAUUAACUACCACCAACAAUCCCCUCCCCAUGCCCUGCACCCUCACAUCCCCAAUUUAAGGAUUAAAAAUAUUUUAAAAUUAUAUAAUUAUAUUGAAACACACAUGAUUGCUCUUUCAAUUCC